AUGUCCUGUUGUUGUAUUUGCAAUUUACUCUGCUUAGCCAUUUUCGCUGUUAGCACUGGUUACUGUCUUUACCAAGCUUCAUACUGCCAAAAGCAAUCUGCUGAAGUUCAAAAGAGAUGGUUCUACGUUUGGACCUUCAUCGGAGCUUUGGCUUUAGUUGAAAAAAUUCUAUUCUUUUUACCUCUCAUCCCUGGUUACUGCAUUGUUAAGUCUUUGUUUAUUGUCUGGCUCUAUCAUGAAAAAUACAAUGGUGCUUAAUUCCUCUAUCAUACUUUCAUCCAACCUUUUGAUGCCCAUUUAGAUAUCGUCCUUAAGCCUUUGGCCAUCCUUAACUUAGAAAAGAGCUAAUGA